AUGAAGCUCUCCAACGCUGCUGUCACAGUACUUCUCCCUGGCUUCGCCCAUGCGGCUGGUUCUGCGGGCUGUGGGAAGCCAUUACCCAAAGAUCAAAGCCCUGGAGGGAACAGCCAUCCAACAGACUUCAUCACGUCGGACGGUACUCCACGGACUUAUUUAAUUCACAUCCCGUCCAACUACAAUGUGAAUCGACCGGUACCGUUGAUUUUUUCAUUCCACGGGAGACAUAAGACCGCCGAAAGCCAAGAAGCUCUUUCACAAUUCAGCAACGAAGAUUGGAACCCGGAUGCGAUCGCCGUGUAUCCUCAGGGGCUGGACAAACAAUGGCAGGGAGACCCUGACUCUGAAGGGGUGGACGAUAUCAUGUUCACCAUAGAAAUGCUCGAGCACUUCGAGGACCGAUAUUGCCUCGAUACAUCGCGUGUCUAUGCCGCUGGGAAGUCCAACGGAGGCGGAUUCACCAACCUUCUCGCCUGUGACACCACCGCGUCCACUCGCAUCGCUGCCUUUGCUCCGGUCUCGGGCGCCUUCUACCAAGACGAACCCAAGGACGAUGAUAGUGACUGUGAUCCAACCACGGUGCCGAUUCAGUGCAGUCCCGGCAGGUCUCCCAUUCCGAUCAUCGAGUUCCACGGCGCUGACGAUCACACGAUCCCCUACACUGGAGGAAACCGACGGGGUAAAUGCCUCCCUUCGAUUCCGCAUUUUGUGAGCGAAUGGUCAGAGCGCGAUGGAUUCGGACUGCACAACAAGACGACGGAUCUGUACGAUGGCCAUGUGCAACGAUACGAGUAUCCGAGCGGCGUUGGUCCAGGCACGGUGACGCACUAUCGGAUUGGGGGGUUGGGACAUGACUGGCCUAGCAGGGGGCCAAAUAGCGAUAAUCCAAAUGGCACGUAUUUAGAUGCGACGCCAUUGAUUCUGGAUUUCUUCAAUCGAUGGACAUUAUAA